GAGGUUUUUCCAGGAUAUCAGUAUAUCACACAAAUUCUAAACACAGUCGAGGGCACACGACGCGGUGGUAGGGAUUUGGCAGUUCAAGACUUGAAGCUUAAGGCAUAAGGGUAUUGGUGAAGAAAAUAAGAUUAGGGUUUAAGCAAAACUAAUUGAGAGAGAGAGAUGGGAGCCAAAGGAAGGAAGAGAAGGGAGAAGAAUUACAGAGAAUCGCAUAAAGGGAAUACCAGACUCCCGCCCCCACCUGACCCCUCCUCCGUCGAUGCCCUCCCUUCUAAGCUCCGCAAAAUCAUGGGGUUAACAGGAGUUCAAAAGAAAUCAUCAAUAAUAAACAGGGCCGAAGGAGAUGGCGGUGAUAAUAAGAUGCUGCAUUUGAUGAAGGGUAACACUAAAGUCUCUGAGGUCAAAAGGAAAACUAAUGGUGACAAGCCUGCAGAAAGUAAUGUCCCGGAAAUGAAAAACAAAAAAAGGAAAAGGAAACAAGUAACUGACCUUCGGUUUGAAUCAACUGAGGAGUUUGGUGGUGCUGGUUCAAAGAGAAAGGAGCGUAGGAAGCAGCACUUGGAAGAGAGGAAAAAGAAGCGCAAGAAGACCAGGACAGAAGAACACUUGGACUUCCCUAGGCAUGAACAAAUAAAAUUUGGGGAAGUUGUUGAUGCUCCCCCCAAGUUGGCUGCCCUCCCAAAGAUGAAGGCACUGAAGACUGCACAUGAAGCUUCACAAGAAAGGCUUCGUUUGAAAGCAGUUGAGGCCUACAGGAAUAGAAAAGGAUGGACAUCAAGGCCAGGGACUCAGCUCCCUCCACCCUUGACUACAUCGCCAUCAGUAUAGUUGUCUGACACAGACCACUGUUUGGGCAUCAAGGCCAGGGAUCAGUCCCCCCGCCUUCGACUACUUUGUCAUUGCCAUAAUUGUUUGAAAGACAUGAUUUUGAACCCCUUCUCUUCUGUGAGCUGAUACAAGCUAACUCCAUGGCUAUACCAUGAUUCAAAGGCUCUAUAUUUGUACCAGCACUAAAAUUGAAGUCUGAAGCUACAGUCCUUUUUCUUUAUUCAAUUACUACUCAAUUGAUCUUUUUCUUUUA